GCCAGUCAGCCACACAGUUGAACGAGAGAGAGAGAGAGAGAGAGAGAGAGAGAUGGGUGGAGCAGAAGUGGAUAGCAGUAGUACUCCUGAAAGUAGAUGGAGUCUUGAGGGAACUACGGCUCUUGUCACGGGCGGAACAAAAGGAAUCGGGCAUGCUAUUGUGGAGGAACUUGCACGUUUUGGUGCGGCUGUACAUACAUGCUCCAGAAAUGAAGCUGAGCUUAAUGAAUGCAAGCACGAGUGGGGGAAAAAGGGUUUUCGAGUCACUGUUUCAGUAUGCGAUGUUACUUCUCCAUCUGAACGACAGAAGCUAAUUACCACUGUCUCUUCUCUCUUUGAUGGAAAACUAAAUAUCCUUAUUAACAAUGUUGGAACAAACAAAAUGAAACCGACAACGGAGUACAAAGCCGAGGAUUUCUCGCUUAUGAUGUCCACAAAUUUCGAAUCAGCUUAUCACUUGAGCCAACUUUCACAUCCUCUUCUGAAAGCUUCGUCAGCUGGAAGCAUUGUGUUUCUUUCUUCAGUCUGUAGCGUCAUAUCAGUUAAUGUUGGAUCCAUAUAUAGCGCGGCCAAAGGGGCAAUGAAUCAGCUAACAAAAAAUCUUGCAUGUGAGUGGGCAAAAGAUAAUAUAAGGACUAAUUGUGUUGCACCUUGGUUCACCACGACUCCCCUUGCUGAACCUUUUCUUACUGAUGAAAACAUGUUCAAGGCUAUCAUCUCUCGAACGCCAAUGGGAAGAGUUGGAGAGCCAAAAGAGGUGUCUUCAUUGGUGGCGUUUCUUUCACUACAACAGAAUGUAGUUUUUCCCGCGACCAUGUCUGUCCAUAAUACCCAGAUUUAAUGCCACAAAUGACUUUUUCUGGCAUUAUCAAGCCGUGGCAACAUCGUCAGAAAUAACUGGCCCAACAUACUACUAUAUGCAGCAAACUCUAUUUCUGUCCCAAAAAGGCUCUUUUCUGGCAUUACCAAAUCCUCAGAUAAAGCAUACAUUCACCCAGGAAAAGGUGGCCCAGCAGGUGGUCUCUUCGCUAGGAAAAAGUAAUUAUGGUGACAUCUCUCGCCGGAAUUGAGUAUUUCUUGUUAAUAAUUUCUUUAGGAUAUACAUAUUUCUAGCAUCAGUGACUUGCCAGAAACGUAUUUCCCAUAUUGCAUUUCUGUCCAUAAUAUAUAUGCCAGAAUUAACCUCAUUUUAUUUGUAACCAAAUUGUAUCAUCAGAAAUACUUUUUUCC